AUGAUUCUUCGUAAUUAUCGCACCAAAAGACAAGCUCCUAGUUCUGAUUUUACUAGAAGUUUUCUGAAGAACAAAUGUCGGAUAUCUGGUAAAAAAUUAGUCAGUGCUUCUGGUAGAGUUAGUUUCGGAUUGACUGAUAAAAGACCUUGUGCUGUUCUCCAACUCUUGCGAAGAUUUGGAUUUUCCGUAAAACAUUUUACAAGAAUUAUCUCUUAUGACUCAAGAUUGCUUAGGUGUGAUGCUCAGAAGACACUAGAGCCCAAGCUUGAUUUCUUGCUCUCUGUUUGCAAUAAUCGUGAAAUGGAUUUACAUAAAAUUGUCUCUAUUUCUCCUUGUAUACUCCACAGGAGUUUAGAUGAGUACCUUGUUCCGACUUUAAAUUUGUUAGCUAGUGCGUUGGGUAACUACAAAAAUGUGGUCAUUGCUUUAAAACGCAGCACAUUACUACUUAAAUCUAGAGCUUCAAGUGUGUCACCUAAUGUGAAGUUGUUGCAAACACUUGGUGUGCCCCACUCUCGGAUUUUUCGUCUGAUUAUUGGAUAUCGCGCAACAGCACCACUAUAUCGGUGCUCAGACGAGUUUAGAAUUGCUGUGUUGAAGGCCAUGGAGAUGGGUUUUGAUCCCAAAUCUUCAUCCCUCGUGAACGCUGUGACGGCUUUGUUGAUGUGCAAUAAUGAUCUUUUGCACGGAAUUAAAUCCAAGUUGUUUAGAAGCUUUGGGUUCUCUGAAGAUGAAAUUAUAUUCGUUUUCAAGAAACAACCCCUUUGUUUUAUUCUUUCCGCAGGUAGAACUAGAAGGAUAGUAGAGUUCUUAAUGAAUAAAUUGUGUUGGAGCCCAUCACGGAUUGCAUUUUCACCAAAUGUGAUGCUAUACAGCUUAGAGAAAAGGACAAUUCCACGGUGCUCAGUUCUGCAAGUUUUGGGGUCCAGAAACAUAAUUAGCAAUAGGUCUCUUUUAUCGGUCUUGGUGAUGACAGAGAGGGAGUUCCUAAAGGAUUUUGUGGUUGAACAUCAGGAUAAAGUCCCCGAGGUAAUGGAUGCAUAUCAAGGUAAAAUUGUGUUUGAUGUUUACAACUUCCACCCUGUAGAAGAAACCAAAUAG